GAAAGGUGUAUGAUGUUUGGUUUAUUUCAGAAGAAAACCAUCUGUUUUACAUGAAGGGUACAUGGUGCACAGAUAUUGCAUAAAACUGUGUCACACUGUAAUCACUGAUUCCGGUGUUUCUUGAGAUGGACCAUGCAGCUCUGACUGCUGCUGGUCUCCAGCUUUGUAGAAGUAUGGCUGCUUUCUUAUUUCUAGUUAACAUCUUUCCUUUCUUUAUGGCAUCAUGACAGAUAUAAUUGCAACUCACAAGUGUGUUAUUGUGCGGUUCAAGCAAAUUUUAACUAUUCAAAUGAUAUUCACAAGUUAGAAGUAAUAAUGAUUUCUAGGGUUUGCUUUUUUUUUUAGAGAAAAUUUUCUGCAGAAUUUGUCUUGUAGUGCCGCCAAAGUUGUUUCUGAAUUGUUCUAUAAUUUCAAUUUUCAAUUAUGUUAAUUUUGAAACAGAAUUUCUAUGUGUGCUUUAACCAGUGCAGAAAGAAAGUUUGUGGAUUCAACUGUAAAACUUACUGCAAAAGGGAAACUGGAAUGUAUACAUAAAAAAAAAAAAAAAGCCAUGAAAAUCCAGGCCUCCUGGAUGAAACUUACUGUAACUCAUAAAGAAUAUAUAUUUGUCUUUCAUCCAAUCUAUGGUAUACAUAUUGAAGACAAAUACAGUGGCAGAAUUUCCUUUGAAAAUGCUUCCAGCGAAGACAAGUCCUUAUCCUUCAUCAACAGCACUUUGCAGAAUGUUGGUAUUUACUUUUGCUUCGUCAUAACUUACCCAGAUGGCAUUUGGGAAAAGGUAAUAGAAACUGUUUUUCCAACAAAUGUUUUUGGAGAAUCUCAGAAACAAAACAAUCUUGUGCUUAACAAACCAGGAGAAACUGUUGCUUUUACUUGCCCUUACAAAAUUGCAGAUUCAGUGCUGCAAGUGAUGUGGGAAAGGAUUAAAGCAGAUUGAGUAGAUAUCACUGUUCUGUGCAGCUCAUCAGGAAAGCAAAGCUUUGGUUCAGAUUUCAAAGAGCGUACACUGUUGGGCUGCUCUGAUCAGGCAAACUCCAAUAUUGCCAUCCCAAACAUUACAGUCUCUGACUUUGCAACUUACCACUGUGUAGCUACUGGGAGAAACAAAACCCAUGUAAUGAUUUUUACUGUGGCUGCAACUUGGGAUCACAAAUGAUUUAUCAUCAGGUUAGUUAGAGGAAUUUUUGCUGCUGUCUUACUGUUAGUUUUUCUACUGAUCUGCAUCACCACUGCUUAUCACAAAAAAAAAACAAAUGGCUUACUGAAGUUCCUUAGUCAGCUAAAUGCUCACAGUGAUAUUAGCUGGAAUUUCACACCAAAGCCUGGUAACAGUUAUGGAAGUUCUAAUUUUCAUGGCACAUGGAACACAGGAAGAAGAGAAGAAUCAUCCCUUGAGCAAGCAGAGGAGAUUUAUGUCAAUUGCAACAAUGUCUCAUUUAAACCUAAGAAAAUACCAUUUGAUUCCUUUUUAGGAAUGAAGUAA